CGAGGUGGAGCACACGGUCGCUCCAGCUCUCUCACGCCUCGGCCAUCCACACGCUUGCGAUCAUAAAUCCAAAUUUUUGUCCCCUUUUUGAAAUCCCAAUUUUUCCCACCAUCUACCGCCACGCGCGAGACUCUCACCCAUUAAUGUGGCUGGCGGAAUGACUCAUUUUGUCCCCCAUAUAGAUAUAUGUGAUACAUGUUUUUUUGAACCAAGUUUUAAGAAAUAAUUUUGACCGCCUCAGAGCGAUUUUGACAAAGUGACAACAAUGACUAAAAAAAAAUAUUUAACAUACGCCUAAUCACCUGAAAAAAAAGUUUUUUAUAUAUAUAUAAUAAGCUAAACAGCAGCUGGGAUUUUUCAAAUCAAGACCGAGAAACAGGUGUUAAUGUAAGGAAAACGAGACUCAUCGAAAGGCAGGAUCAUCAUGCUGACGAUAGCUUGCUGCUUGCUGGUCUCACUAAUCUCAGCUCAAGGCGGGCGAGCACUUCGAAUGAAGAACUUCGAAGUGCCGCUUCACGUGCCCCGCGGAGAGAGCACCACGCUCAGAUGUGAGUUCGACUUGCAAGGUGAACGCCUGUACUCCGUCAAGUGGUACAAGGGAGGACGGGAGUUCUUUCGCUACGUUCCAAACGAACGGCCCAUGAAACAGGAUUACAAGGUCACCGGUGUUAAUGUUGAUGUGAAGUUUGUGACGAGGCAUGUUGUUGUGAUUAACACUUCACACUUCAGCACAUCAGAUCGUACAAAGGGUGAGGUGUUGGGCGAGGCCCGGCCUUUUAACACACUGGUGGAACACGCCAUUUCACCCUUGUCGGUAAACAUUCCACAGGAGAAGCCGGUGGUGCGCGGUGCGCAGGAGAGGUACCACCCGGGGGAUGUAGUUCGCAUCAACUGCACUUCUGCACCGUCUAAGCCAGCAGCCACACUCACCUGGUACAUCAAUGGUGAAGUGGUGGACGACAAGUAUCUGCUACACUACCCCCCGUACAUGCAGGUGGACGGGCUGGAACAAUCCACCUUGGGACUACACUUCCGUGCCACUCAUGCCCACUUCCCACAAAACGUCAUGUCACUUCGCUGUACGGCUUCCAUUGGCAUCUUCUACAACAAAACCGAAGAGGCCAGCCUGGAAACUCACCGCCCAGCUCUCUCACUCGAGAGCCGAGAACAUUUCUACGGGAGCCGGGGUACCACUAGCACCUCCAGUCCUUUGAGCCUGACUGUUGGGCUCCUGCUGUGUGUUCUCAACGCUCUCAGAUAAGCAAUUGUCGCCUCUGUGGUGUGAGGGAGGGACCAAAGGGUCUCUCAGGACCAGAUGGUCUCCUAGCAGCAAGAUCACAGCACCCGAGGUCUCGAAAGAGGAAACACAGCUUUUGAGGUCUCCCAUACAGAAGCCCAGACUGCGGUCUUCCAACACGAAGCUCAGUGUCAACGCCAAGCGAGAAGCUCUCCACGGGAUUUCCCAGCAACGAGCCCUCAUUGUGGUCUCCCAGAAAGAAGCUGUUUGAUACCUCCCAGUGAGAUGACACUCUUCAGGAGGAGCAACAUGGCAGUCUCACUGGACCAGUAGUGUCGAUAUCACCUUCAGCGUCAGGAUAUCGUAGCCUAUGUAAGACUACACAGAUCACCAUACAUGGCCCCCUCUGCUAUGUCUCCUUGGGCAGACCUCCGGAAUACUAACCAUACAACAUACUGGUUAUCCUUGUGUAUGUGAGGCCCCCUUCCCUCUGUACAGAGUCACAAACUAAGCCAAGAGCUACUCUAAGUGUUGCAUACUUCAGUAACUUUUAGUGCGUUUAAAAUCGCUACAUUAAGCUACCGAAGAAAGUGAGAUUUCGUCACGAGCUUAUUCUUAAGAGAAAGAGAGUAUCUCUUUUUUAGAUAAUUGCUGUGGCGAAGCUUCCUGAGAGGCACGGGAGACCCUGUGUGUGUGUGUGUGCCUGUCACAACAUAAUCAUUUGUGGAUAUUCGUAAUUAUACUUCUUUGUUGACAUGUGCAUUUGCGUAGCAGGACGUGUGUAUGUGCGUGUGUAUGAGUCAACUCCGACCGUUUGGCGGACAUUCGGCAGGCAGUAGCGAUAAUUUGAAAAAUAUGUAGGUUGUUCUGAUGGUGAUAGCUGCCUGCUUGUGUACUGUACAGCUUCCCCACCACACACCUCCUUGCUGCAACCCCACAACCUUUCCUCUAUCAUUUUUGUCCUUACCUCUGAACUUUUUUUUUACCUACCCGCUCUGUCCCUCUCCCCCUUUUAUCACAGCUAACCUCUUCGUACCUCGUCUCUUCGCUCGUUUUUGUAUAACGUACUUCGUCUUCCUCAACCCUGCUCCCUCCCUCAGUCUCCACAUUAAGCCCCUUUCAAAUUCGUGGAAAGGAUCACCUUUGUAUGUUCUCAGUAACUGAUCAUUUCAGUCUAACUCAGCACCAGAUUCCGUUUGUAUUCAUUGUGCUUCAUCUUAGGUAAGUUUAAUACUGUGUCUGUGAGUAGAGGACAUGAUACACUGUCUGUGUUUAUUCUCAGUGGGAAAAAACUGAAUACAAAGUGCCACUCGUGACUUGGACAAGAUACAGCCCUGUAUGGAGCUCCUGAAAUAGCCAUCAGAAAUAAAAUGGGUGCCCACAGUUGAUAAGAAAAUAAUGUUCACAGUAAUAAGGGGUGUGCAUUUUUGUGAUACUUCAAGACAAGUAUUGAUACACGUGCUAGUUGGUCAGUGAAUGUCAUGUGAUUGUUCAUUAUGUAAGACCCUGACAGACUUAACAGUGUUGUGACAUACACUCACACUCUGGCCACUACAAGAAUGUCUAGAACACAUGUAUAGCUAAAAAAAUUAAGAUGUGAUUUUUCCCCCGACUAAGUUAACAAGAUCCUCAGGACAUUCAUAUUUCAACACACACAUAAACAGAGUAAAUGUGCUAUUACUGGUGGAAGAUAAGUAUUAAAUACAAACUUCUCUGUCAGAAAAGAAAGCCAAGUAAGGUGAAAAUGAAAGUGAAGAGAAGACGAGAGAAGAACCUUGUACGAUAGAGAAGAAACAAGAAUUGUUAGAUAAUCUCAAACACUUCUGAGUGGUACGUCUUAGCUCUGUCUCCUGUGUACAUAGAUAAUAACAUUUAGCCUAAGGUUACUCCUUAUCUAAUACCAAAGAUCUGUUUAGUGAGAAACCAAACGUGUAUGUGACAAUACCAACUUUCUAUUUUCCUUUCCUUUAAUUCUUUACUGAAAUUCCCUGUGUACUUCAGCAAUGUAAGCCUUUUAUCAAGGCAAAAUCAAUUAUAAAUCAGAUAUUCGUUUUCCCUUGCACAUGUACAUACGAACACAGCAAGCGUUUCCUAUAAAUGCACUCAAGAAUAUUUCAAUUCUGCCUGGUGCUUCUCAACAAUAAAGUUGAUUCUACUAUUGUUCUAAAAGAUAAAGUGUAUUCCACUCUAGUCCUCUGGUCCUGUGUUGUUGUUGCACUGAGAGUAUCCUAAGUACCUCUCCCACACACUCUCUAGGGUAACUAUGGAACCUUCCUCUUUCGCACAGGACACGCCACUGUCCGUCAGCAAUCAAUAGCUCUGAGGGGGAAUUUUGUAACGAAUAAUUUUUGGCCUAAACAAAGCGGUAAGCUGAUCGGCUGGAAUGCUUGUUCGCCAGGAAUUUAAUCAAUCAGACUCGCUUUGGUUGAGACUCCAAAAAAAAAAAAAAGCGUUUUUUGUUGGGUGGAAACGAAACUCUAUUGAUGUUGUCAUUCGGAGGGUCGUUUAAGGUUACAUUUUGAGGGGAAGCUGUUGUGUCGCGUCUCUGGUAGCUGGCUGUGAUAUCCACCUGUGUGUGUCUCGUCACGUCACCACCGACAAUCAUCAUCAUCUCUCAACAUUUUUGGUAAAUAUGUUUUUUUUAUUUAUCCAUAACAAAACUCGCCCUUAAUUCAAGUCAGUCAUCAGCUCGUUAUUUUUUUUUUUAAACUGAAGGCCUUUCAUGAAUAAUGACGCUACAUCGCAUUUCCAUUACUCUUAGACUUUUUUGUCACUGGCGAGACUUUGAGCUAGAAAGACAAUAACGGCGAGGUUCACUGAUGACCCGAGUCUUGGACGCCCGCAAGAGUGCUGCUACCUGUAAGUCAGGAUAUUCCUCGUGUCCUUGUUCCCAACUCUUUCAUCGCUCUCUACUCUCUCUCUCUCUCUCUCUCUCUCACUCUCUCUCUCUCUCUCUCUCUCUUUCUCCCUCUCACUCACUCACUCUCUCUAUCAGUUCUUCACAUACACAUACACUGCAACAUUCAGCCUUCAUCAUCUCAGCCAUGACCCUCCCUGACACUUUUGCCCUGUCACCUGCGUCUUGACCUCGUCACUUCUCAGUCUUGACCUGCCUUGAUACUCUCCCUGUCACCCCUUCGUCUUGACCUCGUCACUUCUCAGUCUUGACCUGCCUUGAUACUCUCCCUGUCACCCCUUCGUCUUGACCUCGUCACUUCUCAGUCUUGACCUGCAUUGUAAACUCUAAUAACGUCUUACGUGGACAUGUCUUCCUUUCCACAGCAUCUUCCCCCGCCAGUGUUGUCGGGGCUUCCCUGUGAUUCGUGUUUAAUUAAGCAUUCAUACAUCUCACUUCAUCCAGGAAAACAAGAGGGCCUGUCUCGUAAUUAACGAAUGGCGAAUCGAGUUUACCUGGAAUCUACCUGGAAGGUAUACAAAUAACCCGCACGCAAGAGACUGAAACUUUUGACGUUUCGGUCCGACUUGGACCGCUAACUAUGUGACUAGUUAAUGGUCACAAGUCGGACCGAAACGUCGUCAUAAGCCUCAGUCUCCUACUUGCGGACCAUUUGUGUAUUGCUCCUUAUUUGUGUUCCAAGAUUCAACGUCCCCGUGGCCACGUCCAUGACCGGGCCUCCCGGUGUAUCAGGGCCUGAUCAACGAACGAACCAUAGUCUGGUUGGUCAGAAAAUGACUUUAAGAACCUAUUCAACUCCCUUUUGAAGACUACUUGAGGUCUAUCGUUAAUCCCCUUAAGCGUUGCCUCUCCUUGCACUCAUGCCAUCUCUGUGCAUAAUUCGGGGUAUAUUGCAUCUUCUGCCGAGCGUUUUGCUUUCGAGUGAUUUCUCUGAGCAGAUUUGGGAGCAGUCCCUCCAGGAUUUUCCAGUUAUAAAUUUAGAUGCAUCUUUUACGCCUGCACCAGCACCAUCUUCAGCAAUUGUACCCGAACCAGCACUGCAACAAGUUGUUUCUAGAACUGUACCAACACUGUCUUCAGAAACAACACCAGACCCAGCAACACCCCCAGCUGUAGCACUGAGACUCUCUAACCGCGGGUUCAAACCCCAGCCGUGGUAUGGUUUGCACUGAUAUGUGCAGUGCUGUGGCGAAGUAUGGACAACUGACAACCUCGCUGCCCUCCCAGUGAUCUAUAUUAUAUUACCUAACAUUUAACUACUGCUAUUUAACUACUAAUAAUGCUAAAGUUUUCUCAUAAUUCAAACUUAUCUUGACUCUCGUGGGACGUCUGGCAGCACAGACGGACUCUUAACAUCGUAACAUCUGUUCGUACACCCCGAGGUACCCGGUACACCCCGAGGUACCCGGUACACCCCGAGGUACCCGGUACACCCCGAGGUACCCGGUACACCCCGAGGUACCCGGU